AUGGCGUCGCAAUCUCCCCUCUACAUCGGGUUCGACCUGUCAACCCAACAAUUGAAGGGUUUAGUCGUCAAUUCCGACCUGAAGGUCGUUUAUAUCGCCAAAUUCGACUUCGAUGCCGACUCUACCGGGUUCCCGAUCAAGAAGGGUGUACUCACAAAUGAAGCCGAGCAUGAAGUGUUCGCCCCGGUCGCAUUAUGGCUGCAGGCGUUGGAUACCGUGUUGGAGAGCCUUCGCAAACAAGGGUUGGACUUCAGCCGGAUUAAAGGAAUCAGCGCCGCGGGACAACAGCAUGGAAGCGUUUAUUGGGGUCUUGAGGCGGAGUCCAUGCUUCAAAACCUCGAUCCGGGGAAGUCGCUAGAGGAACAGCUGCCCCCCGCAUUUUCCCACCCAUACAGCCCCAAUUGGCAGGAUUCAAGCACCCAGAAGGAGUGUGAUGAAUUUGACGCAAUCCUCGGCGGCCCAGAGGAGCUGGCUCAGGUGACUGGAAGCAAGGCGCACCACAGAUUCACCGGUCCCCAAGUCCUCCGAUUUACCAGAAAGCACCCCGAAGUCUACCAGAAAACAGCCCGCAUCUCUCUCGUCUCCUCCUUCCUUGCCUCCCUUUUCCUCGGCCAUGUCGCCCCCUUCGAUAUCUCGGACGUGUGCGGCAUGAAUCUGUGGAACAUUAAGAAGGGCGCCUACGACGCUCGUCUCCUGCAGCUUUGCGCCGGUAAAUUCGGUGUCGAGGACCUGAAGCAGAAGCUUGGUGAUGUGCCCGAGGAUGGCGGACUACACUUGGGAUCCAUCCACCAAUAUUACAUUAAGCGUUACGGCUUCAGUCCCGAUUGCACGGUGAUCCCAGCGACCGGAGACAACCCAGCAACCAUUCUGGCAUUGCCCCUGCUGCCUUCAGAUGCCAUGGUAUCACUGGGUACAUCUACAACCUUUUUGAUGUCCACCCCCAGCUACAAGCCCGACCCUGCCACCCACUUCUUCAACCACCCAACCACCCCCGGACUAUACAUGUUCAUGCUCUGUUACAAGAACGGUGGUCUCGCACGUGAAUAUGUCCGCGACGCCCUCAACGAAGGUCUCAAAGACACCGCCGAGGAACCUUGGGCCAUCUUCGACAAGCUUGCAUUGACUGCCCCUGCACUAGGCCAAGCGAUCACAACCGACCCCAUGAAGAUGGGCCUCUUCUUCCCGCGGCCAGAGAUCGUACCUAACAUCCACUCAGGACAGUGGCGAUUCAUCUAUGACCCAAAGACCGCUACCCUGACCGAGACAACGGAGGGAUGGACAGUGCCUCAAGAUGAGGCCCGCGCCAUUAUUGAGAGCCAGAUGCUAUCGCUCCGGCUUCGAUCCAAGGGCCUCACACAGAGCCCUGGAAACGGGCUGCCAGCCCAGCCACGACGGGUAUACCUGGUCGGUGGUGGGUCUAAGAACAAGGCAAUUGCCAAAAUCGCCGGUGAGAUCCUCGGAGGUGUGGAGGGUGUUUAUAAGCUCGACAUUGGUGACAAUGCCUGUGCCCUUGGUGCUGCAUACAAAGCUGUGUGGGGUAUCGAAAAGGAGCCAGGUCAGACCUUUGAAAGCCUUGUUGGUCAGCGAUGGAAUGAGGAUGAUUUUAUUGAGAAGAUCGCGGACGGAUAUCAGCCUGGCGUGUUCGAGCAGUACGGCAUGGCUGUUGAAGGGUUUGAGAAAAUGGAGAACCAGGUCGUGCGGCAAGUGCGAACUGAGAAGUAA